AUGGAAAGACAAUCUCGUAAACCACUUGUCCUUGUGACAGGAGUCUCAGGCUAUGUUGCUUCAUGGUGAGUUCACACUCUUAUCAAAACUGGAAAGUACAGAGUGAGAGGCACUGUAAGAGAUCAUACUGAUCAAAGCCAAAUGGAGAUCCUCAGAAAGGGAUUUGGAGAUUACUUUGAUCAGAUUGAAUUUGUAUCAGCUGAUCUACAAGAUCAAGAAGCAAUAAAGAAAGCAGUAGAUGAUGUCACAUAUGUACUUCAUAUUGCUUCCCCUUACCCAAUGGCAUCUCCAAAGAAUGCAGACAAAGAAGUAAUACAGCCUGCUAUUGAUGGCAAUAAGCACAUACUCAAUGCAUGUGUUGGCUCUUACGUUCAGAAAGUUAUACUUACUUCUUCUACAUUAACAGUCCAAGACUUUUGGGAAAACCCAGAUAAAGUAUCUGACCAUCGAACUAUUGUGAAAGAAAACAAGAAAAUGAUUCCUUACUACAAGAGCAAAAUCAGAGCUGAGAGGUACGCCUUUGAGUUCAUGGACAACCUCAAGUCUGCUGAUAGAACUUUUGAGUUGGUUACUAUUCACCCUGGAGUUAUCACUGGAAGAGCAUUACUUCCUCGUGCUGAUGGAGCUUCUCUGGGAUUGAUGAAGAACGUCCUCGAAAACAAGCUCCCAGGAGUUAUUCCUAUGUAUUUUGCUCAAGUAGAUGUUCAGGACGUCGCUUUGGCCCAUGUAAAUGCAAUUGAAAUGGGUAGAGACAGAGAGAGGUAUCCACUAGCUAGUGGGACUUACACAAUGGGAGAACUUUUUGAUCCUAUUAGAGAAGAAUUCGCCUCAAAAGGAUAUAAAAUAACAAAGAAGGAGAUGAGCAAAUGUGCAGUACGUAUCGGAGCUAUAUUCAAUAAAGACGCCAGAUUCUUUUUAUCAAUCUGGAAUAUUCAUGCAGAAGUAGAUGGUACUUUUGCAGCUAAAGAACUUGGGCUCAAAUAUAAGCCAAUGAAAGAGAGUGUUGUAGAAGCUUGAGAUUCUUUGAUCGAAUUCGGGUUAGUCAAAAGCCCAUAA